AUGGAUAAUGAAAAAGAAAGUUCUAUAGUUACAAAUGUUAGAUAAAUUUAAUAUUUCAAAGUGAUCUCUAGUAUAAAUAAUAACAUUAAAAAUGCUAAGCUCAAUGAUGAUGAAGAUAAGAUCAAGGUCAAAUAGUGCUCUUUUAAAAAUAUUUCAUAAGUCAUGAUUGAGAAAUCAGAUUGCGAAUAUUUAAUAUUUAAAAAAUUAUAUUCCUAAAAAUCUAAUCUAUAGGAAAAUAUUGAUUAAGGCUAAGUAGAAGACUCUGAUAGGCUAGAAUACAUGUAAAAACUAAAAGAUUCACCAAUAGAAAGAAACAAUAUAUUCAAGAACAUCAUCUAAUCUUUCUUGAAAUUUAUAGAUUCUUAGUAAAACAAAAAUUUGCUAUUGAUACAUUUAGAUAAAAGUUCUAAACAAGAAGGAUUGGAGAGCUCAAUUAAAGUUAUAAAGAGGAAAUUGAAAAAGUAAAAAUGUCAAUGGAAUUAAAAAAUUCUGAGUCUAUUAAAAAGCUCGAAGCACCAAAAAAUAUUUUAAUACUAUCUUGAAAAUAUUUAAAAUUUAUGGCUCUAGCACAGUAAAGUUGAAAAUAAAGAAAACACUUUUUGGUAUUCUAAAUUACUUUUAAGAGCUAUUUAAGACCCAAUUCUAAGAGAAGAAAUUAAGUAUUACAAAAAAAACUGA